GCUCCACUUCCAAUGCUUCGCUGUCAUAGUCGUGUUGCCCUCGUCUUUAUAAAGAGUCCCUCACGCCCGCGUCAGAAUCCUGUGGCGACCGAGAGACCAUUCCGCAACCACCACAGACACAGGGUGGUCCAGCUCGAACAACACUGCACUUUGCGCCAGCCCAGCUCCCACAUCGAGAGGUGAUAGCCGCCCACCAACACCAUCAUGGGUCUCGCCGGCGUGUUCAAGGCACGUAGCCUCAAAGCGCCCAGGAACCAGACCACCAAGGCGGCCGAGCUCACCUUGCGCGAGUCCGUCUGGCCCAUCUGCCUCGUGACGGUGCUAUUCUUCCUCUGGGGCUUCAGCUACGGCCUGCUCGACACCCUGAACAAGCACUUCCAGAACGUCCUCCACAUUGACCAGGCGCGCUCAGCCGGUCUGCAGGCUGCCUACUUUGGCGCCUAUCCUCUGGCCUCCAUCGGCCACGCGGCGUGGAUCCUGCGGCACUAUGGGUACCGCGCGACCUUUAUCUGGGGCCUCUGCCUGUACGCCCUGGGCGCCGUCAUCUCGAUCCCUUGUAUCAAGGCCAAGAGCUUUGCGGGCUUCUGCAUGUCCAUCUUCAUCAUCGGCAACGGUCUCGGCUCGCUCGAGACGGCCGCCAACCCCUUCAUCACAAUCUGCGGUCCCCCAAAGUAUUCCGAGAUGCGAAUCAAUCUGUCCCAGGCCUUCAACGGUAUCGGCACGGUCAUUGCGCCCGCGCUCGGAUCCUACGUCUUCUUCGCCUUCGACGACGAGAAGGCUCUCGCCAACGUGCAAUGGGUGUACACCGCCAUUGCCGUCUUCGUCCUGAUCCUGGCCACGCUCUUCUUCUUCUCCAACAUUCCCGAGAUCACCGACGCUGACAUGGCCUACCAAGUGCAGGAGACGCACGCGGCCGCCGACGACCUCCCCUUCUGGAAGCAGUACCGCCUCUUCCACGCCGCCUUUGCGCAAUUCUGCUAUACGGGCGCCCAGGUCGCCAUUGCCAGCUUCUUCAUCAACUACGCCGUAAACACCCGCCCGGACACCGGGGACUCGUUGGCCGCCCAGCUCUUCUCGGGCGCGCAGGCCGCCUUCACCGUCGGCCGCUUCGUCGGGGUCAUCGUCAUGAAGUUUUUCCGCCCGCGCAAGGUGUUCCUCGCCUACUUGACCUGCUGCAUCAUCUUCAUGAUUCCGGCCGUCGCGCUCCCUGGCACCGGGCAGAGGAGCAACGCGCCCGUCGUCAUGCUGUUCAUGGUCCUGUUCUUCGAGUCCAUCUGCUUCCCGACCAUUGUCGCCCUCGGCAUGCGCGGCCUCGGCCGCCACACGAAACGCGGUAGCGGAUAUAUCAUCGCGGGUGUCGUGGGCGGUGCCUGCGUGCCCCCGCUGACGGGUGUCGCCAACGACAGGCACGGCAACGGCAUCGGUAUGGUUGUGCCUCUGAUCUUCCUGGCUGCGGCGUCGACGUACGCUAUUGCGUGUAACACUGUGCCUGCGUACAUGAGGGCGAUCGACUCGCUCGCGGAUGCCGACAUUGGUCUCAGGGGUGAAAAUCCCGACGUGGCCGGCAAGGUCCUCGACGAGGAGAAGCCAGGGCACACCGUGGAAGAGGAUGCUGCUGUCUCUGUCCCCGGUGCUGCUGCCCAGGGAAGGGGGGUCUAAACGAACCAGGUUAGAGAGGCUAUGGUCCACGGAACGAGAGAAGUCUGUCGUUUUUUUCAGAGAAGGAUGUAUAUUAUCAGGAGGCAUUACGUGUCUAUGUGAUUAUGUUUUUUUUUUCUUCUUCUUGAAAUACAUCCUCCUCGUCCAAAACGGGGGCUCAACGCCAAAAAAAAAAAAAAAAAACCCCGUCCGGUACACCAGAGUGACAGAUCUCUCCCAUUGGAGAGGAGAGCAGGUCUUCCUCAUGGUGAGCACGCCUAUCCAGCUAUCGUUCCAUCCGGACGGGACCCGUCAGCGGCCGCGAGGUGGCGGCGUCGCUUAGUAGUGGAUCUGGGCGUGAGGGUUCUUGCGGUGGUGCUCCUUGGGCUCAGGGUCCUCGCGGUGGUGGGGGGUGUGCUUGCGGUAGUGGCAGUUGUC